CAAGGAUAAAGUGACAGUCCUCGGUGUCGGAAAAUGGCACUGUGUAUUCCUCUUCCUUCAUACCGGUUCAGACACAGACCGGUUCGUUCUUCUCUCGAACGCCAAGAACUCUUUGGUCGUAUAGCUCCUGUCUACGAUAAUCUAAAAAUGCAGUUGAAUGACUUGCUGAGUUUGGGUCAGCAUCGUAUAUGGAAAAGAAUGACUGUCUCAUGGACUCGAGCGAAAAUGGGAGACUGUGCGUUGGACUUGUGUUGUGGAAGUGGGGAUUUAGCGUUUCUUUUGUCCGAGAAAGUUGGGUCCAAUGGCAAGGUGACUGGUCUUGAUUUCUCAAAGGACCAAUUGUCAAUUGCUUCGUGUCGGCAAGGCUUGGCCCCCAAUGCCUGCUACAACAAUAUAGAGUGGGUUGAAGGCGAUGCACUUGAGUUACCAUUUUCUGAUGGUUACUUUGAUGCCAUUACAAUGGGUUAUGGGCUACGAAAUGUGGUUGAUAAAGAAAGAGCCAUGCAGGAGAUGUUUAGAGUUCUGAAACCAGGCUCAAGAGUAUCUGUUCUUGAUUUCAAUAAAAGCACACAGCCAUUUACUAAUUUAAUUCAGGAAUGGAUGAUUGACAAUGUAGUUGUCACAGUGGCAACUGGUUAUGGGCUUGCAAAGGAGUAUGAAUAUUUGAAAAGCUCAAUCAAGGAAUUCUUAACAGGGAAAGAGUUAGAGAGGCUUGCUUUACAAGUUGGAUUUUCUAAUGCUAGACAUUAUGAGAUUAGUGGAGGCCUCAUGGGGAACUUGGUAGCCACACGCUAGAUGCAAUCCAUGCUUGGUAUUCUUCUAGCAAGUUUCAAUUUUUGAUUUAAGAGAAAGAUUCAAUUCAUUGAUUAACUAUUUGAUUUGUACUCAUUGAACUCAUGAAGUUCUAAAUUGUUUAUAUAUCUGGGUUUUCUUGUGGUUGCUAAACUGUGAUAUUACAUUAAACACUACCACUUAUGGAUU